AAAGCUUUCAGCGAGCUCUCAGCGAAUUCUCGCGCUCUCGCUCUCCCUCUUUCUUCGUGUCGGUUGUUUUGCAACUAUGAAUGAAAUGCGAAAGCUAAGGGUUGCCAGAUAGUUUUGUUAUGCAAUCCAUGGAAAAACAUUAGUGCUUAGACCCAAACUAGGCGCCAUUUGCCUUUGGGCAAGUCCAAGAACUUUUGAAGCCGCCGGACUAAAGCUUAUGAGUUGCCUUUGGCUAAGCUUGUAACGGUAAACAGCUGAUCUGACAGUCUGGCAACUUUCGCUCUCGUUUCCGGCUUGUUUGUGUGCGUGUGUGUGUGUGUGUUAGAGUGUGUGUGCAUUAUUGUUGGCGAUUUCAAAGUCAAACGGCAACAACAACAACAUAAUGCGCAGCAAACAGCUGCGAAAGCAUUGAGCACAAAAACUUCAACAGCAAACAGAACACGACGAGGACAACAUCGGCAGUCGACAGGACAACGACGACGACGACGACGGCAACGUUAUCCUUGUUGAGAGUUUCGCAAUAUAUUUUUAUUGCAGCAGUCUCAUCGAAAGCGUCGAAGCAACUAAAUCGCAUCGAGAACCAACAAACAGAAUCGGGCCCAAAAAGAAACCGAAAGCGGCGGCUGCUGUUUUGUUAAAUGAGUUUGAAAAUAGCAUUUUCACAUGGUCACUGAGUGUGCAGCUAAGUGGCGCUAAGCGACUUUCAGCAUACGGGAAAGCACAAAGUCAAGACCAAGACCACCCACCUAAAAACUCAGCUCACCUCAACUGAAACUUAAACUUAUCUGAAAACUAAAAUAAAGCAAAGCUGUAGUUGAAGCUGUGCUAUAGACGUAGCUGUAGCUAAAGUUGAGGUAGUAGUUGUAGCUGCAGCUCAAUCUGAAACUGAAACUCAACUUUAAACAGAAGCCGUUAAAACUUUGACUAUAACUAGCAAAAGACGUUGUCAAAUACCUAAGCAAAAAUGAACGAUAGUCGACGCAACACGGCAACGGAAUUCAGUUACAUACUGCAACGGCAGGGAAGCGAUGUGUCCGCUGCUGAGGCUUAUGCAUUCGACGAUUUCAACAAUUUAAUGAAGAACGACCAUCAGACACAUCAGCAACAGGGCCAACAACAACUACAGCAGCCACAACAACAUCGCCAGCAGCAAUCAUCGCAGCAGCAACAGCAGCAGCAGCAACGAGGGGGCGAUGUCAUGUCCGGCGACACGUUGUCCUCAUUACCACAAGCAUCGUUCAACUAUAUCAACUCCAUCGUUGGCAGCGGCGUCAUUGGCAUACCCUACGCUCUGCACCGCGCCGGCUUCGGUCUUGGCCUCGCUCUGCUCAUCCUGGUCGCCUACAUCACCGACUACUCUCUCAUUCUAAUGGUCAGAUGCGGUCACAUCUGCGGCAGAUUUAGCUAUCCGGGCAUCAUGGAGGCCGCCUACGGCAAAUACGGUUACUAUUUGCUCUCGCUGCUGCAGUUCAUGUAUCCCUUUCUGGCCAUGAUAUCGUACAAUGUUGUCGUGGGCGAUACUCUAUCGAAAGUUUUGGUUCGCUUCUUUCCCUCGUGGGGCGAUUCCAUGGGCGCUGUGCGGCUGGGCGUUGUCUUUUUUGUGACGGUGGGCGUGGUGGUGCCCUUAUGCCUCUAUAAGAACGUCUCACGUUUGGCUCGCGCCAGUUUCGUGAGUCUGGCGUGCGUGGUCUUCAUAUUGUUUGCCGUCAUCCUGAAACUCAUGUCGGGCGAUUAUAAAGUUACGGAUACUGCCGAGUCUUGGCGCUUUGCGAACACAGAUCUAAUACCCGCCACAGGCAUCAUGGUGUUUGCUUUCAUGUGUCAUCACAAUACUUUUCUCGUUUACCAAUCGAUGCGCGAGGCGACCAUGGAACGCUGGGAGAAGGUCACCCACAUCUCAAUUGGCUUUGCCUGGACUGUGGCCGCGCUCUUUGGCAUUGCGGGCUACUCUACGUUUCGGGCACUGUCUCAAGGCGAUUUACUGGAGAACUAUUGCUGGGAUGACGACUUGAUGAACUUCUCGCGUGUGCUCUUCUCUGUAUCCAUAUUGCUGACCUUCCCCAUCGAAUGUUUCGUUUCACGUGAGAUUGUGCGCGCUUUGGUGCAUCGUUUUGUGCUGAAGGAGCCCAUCAGUGAGUUCACCGCGGACAAGGAUCCCAACUUGGAGAAGGGCGCUGAAAUCGAUGAGUAUUCGAAAGCCAUUACCUUGGCAAUUGUGUUCAGCGCCUUCAUUAUAUCGCCCAUGACCGACUGCCUCGGUUCUGUGUUGGAAUUGAAUGGUCUACUGGCAGCCAUACCUUUGGCAUACAUACUGCCCGGCCUGGCCUACAUACAAAUGGAACCGCAUGCGCUAUUCAGCCGGGAGAAGCUGCCCGCCUUGGGUCUGGUUGUGUUCGGAGCACUGGUCACCAUACUGGGAGUUGCGGUGCUGUUGCCCGGACUAAUGGGCGGCGAUUGCCGUUCGGAUAUUGUGAUGGGAUAUUGCCGGCAGGAGUUUCAGAAUGCCACCAUGAGGAAUUGAGCAAUGCACGUGUAAGCAAACGGAGCAGAAAGAGGAGGAGCAGGAGAAUUGGAGAAGCCAAAAGUCAUUAGUUUAGUCAUAAGCAUUGGCAAUACAUUUGCAUUAAGGAUGGCAAAUUGUGGGAAUCUUUUUCAUUGGGUUUGCUUAAUCUUUGUUUUUGGUUUUUGGAUUUUGGGUUAAUGCACCGUAUCGUAACAAUAUGUUAGAUUUUGGGAAAUAGAGGGCGAAACACGACGAAUGAAUAUCUGUACCUGAGUCUCUUAAUGUGCAACGUAUCUGCUAGCUAGAAAAUGUAUCUGAAAAGUGUUUAGUAGAUGUAAUGCGAGCUAUUUGAAACCUGAAUCUCAGUACAAAGCGAAACGUAAUGAAACGAAAGAAAACAGCAAAUUGUUAUAUCAUAUGUACUUAUAUGCACCACAAAUCAAAUCGAACUAUUUCUGUAUCAUUUUAAGAGAAUUCCUCCAACAAGGGAUUGUUAAUGUGACGUGAAGUGAAUUGAAUUGUAGUGCAAGUUCCUUGAUCUUUAGCAAAGUCGGUCUCUAAUGCAUGCAAAUUUUCGAAUAGUUGUUAUUGUAAUUACCAAAAUGAGAAACCAAAACCAAAUAAACAAAUGUAGGCAUUAGUGUAGUUUGAAAAUAUAUUUGGGCACCAAUAUACACACAAUACAGACAAACAAAAAACAGAAAUUUCAAGAUGAACGAGAGAUGUGUACUAGUAUUUGAAAUUGAAUGAAAAAUAAUCAAAAGUAUUAUACCAAAAGAACAUAAUUUGUAACUAUCUAUAUACGAAUUAUAUAUAUAUUCGAUAUAUAGAAAAUGAAGUAUAUGUGGCAUAAAGUACAGUUAUCGUAUCGAAUCAAAUCAUAUUUAAACGUUUUAUAUAUAUGUAUACAAACUGUAGAGAAAUUGCUUCAGCUCCAAAAUGUGACUAAGCUUUAAAAAACAAAACACACACGAAACCAGAGGUACAUGAAACAUAAAGACAUACAAAACUAGAUUCCACUUUCAUCGAAUUAUACAUAUUAUACUACAUAUAUAUAUAUAUAUAUACAAUAUAUAUAUUAUAUACUUAAAACUUAUUUUAGGGAACAACAACAGUUUUAAGUUGUUUAACAAAUGGCACUGAUUAUAUUUUGCAUACUUAAAAUAUAUAUUUAUAUUUAUAUUUAUAUUGACAUGUAUUUUCGCAGAAUGAGAGAGUUAAAGUAUUAUGAAAAUUUGGUAAAAUAAUCCAAUGCACGUAUGAAGUAAAAUUGUAUAUUUGAGUUAAUUCAAAUCUACGUCAGCUGAUCAAAUAAUUAAUUUUAUUUAAUACUAAUUCAAAACCAUUCUUAUUACAAAUCUGUCAUAAUAUAAUAUCGAAUUAUUCACGUUUGAAUUCAGAUUAUAAUACUUUUUUUUU